UUUGUAUUUUGAUAUAAAUAAAAAUCUUAUGCUGUUUUAUUUUAAUGCGAAUUGUGUGAAACUAAAACUCAUGAAACUUGUAACUCGACACUCCCUCCCAUGAGUGAAUCAAAAUAAUUAAUUCGAGAGUGCGGAUGAUAAAAAAGUGAAAAUUCCAUAAAAAAAAGUAAAUCCGGAUACAAAUGCUGUAGCAUCAACUAUCCAACCAAUCAUGUAAAUAACUUCCCAGAUACAAAAUGGAGGUCAACAAAAACUUUCUACCAAAAGACAGUUUGAAUCUACAUAAUACAGCAAGCAGCCAAGAUUUUGCCACAAGUUCUCAUAAACAAGAGCAUGGUACAGAUUAUAGACUGAUUAAACGAGAACCUUCACUUGAAAAUGAAAAUUGCAGUGAAUCUUUGUUUAAUAAUGCAGAAGUAGAUGCGAUAAAGGAAAAUGGUUUAUCUCAAGAUUUUGGUUCAGUAAAUGCAUAUGACUUUUUAUCCAUUGACGAUAAAUCCAUCGUCAAAGAUGAAAUAUCAGACAUUGAAUCAAUGGACAACCCAAAUGAAGUUUCUAUUGAAACACACACACCUUGUAAAGUUAUUAAAACAGAACCUCCACUAGAAAAAAGCAUUGAAACUUGGCAAAAUGAUUCAGAUAAAAUUAAUAUUGUAGUGGAAAAUAUUUAUGAUCUGAAAACAGUACAAAAUUAUUCUGAAAAAAAAGAUUUUACUGUCAAAAUCAAAAAUGAGAUGUUAUAUGAUGAACCAAUGACAAAUUCAGCAAAUCCAGACGAAGAUGUUGAGAAUUGCAAUGGAUUGAAAACCUGUAUAGUCAAGAGUGAGCCGGAAUAUCCUCAAGACACUGCGUAUUGUGAUAAUUUACUAAUCCCUUAUUAUGUGCGGCGUAACCAGAUGCAGGCCACUGCAGAUCCAUUCGACCCGCCAUCAUCCAAGAAACUCAGGACAAGUUCACUAACUAAUGACAAAAUAGUUGAAGUUAAUUGCGACAUGACACACACAGACAGUGUUCAACCGAAUAAAGGAAUUAAAAAAUCUUCCAUCAAACAAAAUAAUGAUACAAAACCUUGUGGCCCGGAUGACAUAGAAAAACAUAGACAGAUAUUAGAACCGGAACUAUCCUGUGAAGCUUGCAGUUAUAAGACCUGGAAUAAAGAAUACAUGGUACUUCACAAACUCACACACAAAAAGGAAAAAAAUAUAUAUAUAUUUCCUUGCAUUAUAUGCGAUUAUAUAACAAAAGAUAAACAGAUUUUAACAAAACAUCUGAUAGAACAUAACGGAAAGAUGCCUUUCAGAUGCGUUGCAUGUGAAUUCAAAUGCAACACGCCGAGUAGCUUGCUGAAACACAAUAGCAGUAAACACCCCAAAGUCACAAAACCAUUUUCAUGCAACGUAUGUGAAUACAAAGCAGCGAAUAACAGUGCUAUAGUAAGGCACACUAGAAUACACACGGGCGAGAAACCAUUUUCAUGUAAACAGUGUCCAUACAAAUGCACUGAUAGUAGUUCGUUGACCUUCCACACGAUGCAGCACACGGGUGAGAAGCCGUUUUCCUGCAACCUGUGCCCGUACAGAAGUAAAUGUAACAGUACUUUGAUCAGCCACAUGCGAAGACACACAGGUGAGAGACCAUUCGAAUGCAAGGGAUGCGGGUACAAAUUCACGAAUCAGAGCGACUUGAUGCAGCAUGUCAAAAUCAAUACGGGGCCGGAACUAUUCAAAUGCAGUGUCUGCGAGUUCAGUUCUCCAAUAAAGUGCGCGUUGGUAAAACAUGUGCGGACACACACUGGACAAAAUACAUUGACAUGUGAACUUUGUAUGUACAAAUGUACUGAAAAACAGAUUCUAGUGAGCCACAUGAGGACCCAUGCGGGCGACAGCCAGUAUUCUUGUACCAACUGUGACUUUAUGUGCUUGCGGAAAUGCGAUUUGCUGAUGCACAUGAGAACUCAUACCGAAGAGAAACCGUUCUCGUGCGCGCAAUGUGACUACAAGUGUAGGGGUCGCAGGACUCUGGGCAACCAUGUCAGGAAAACUCAUAUCGAGCCUUCAUCCAAGAAAAUCAGGAUAAGAAGAAACUGUUCACUAACAACUGAGAAUGCGGUUAAUGUUCACUCUGUCAUAACACAAACACACAGUAACAAAGACAAACUCAUAAACACAUCAACUGAAAACAAUCAAAAACCGAAAGAAAGGACAAUGAUAAAAAAAUAUUUGAAAACUUCCAUCGAACAAAAUGAUACAAAACCUUGUAGAGAUGAUAGCAUAGAAAAACAUAAAGAGAUAUUAGAACCGGAAUUAUCCUGUGAGAUUUGUAGUUAUAGGACUUGGAAUAAAAACUACAUGGAACUCCACACACAGAUACACCUUAAUAAAGAAGAAAACAAUGUUUUCUCUUGCAUCAUAUGCGAUUAUGUCACAAAAGAUAAACAGAUAUUCCUGGAACAUUUAAUAGAGCAUAACGGGAAGUUGCCAUUCAGAUGUAUAGCAUGUGAUUUCAAGUGCAACGCACCGAGUGCAUUGCUGAAACACAAUAGCAGUACGCAUCCCGAAGUGACAAAACCAUUUUCAUGCAACGUAUGCGAAUACAAAUCAUUGAAUAACAGCGCUAUAAUACGGCACACCAGAAUACACACUGGCGAAAAACCCUUCGCAUGUCAACAGUGUUCAUAUAGGUGUACUGAUAGUACUUCGUUAACUUAUCACAUGAAACAACACACUAGUGAGAAAACGUGUAGUAGUAACCCAAAAUCGAUUCUAGUAAAGAAUAAUAACUGAUAUGGGUGAUAGCCCGUAGCGUUGGUACAGGAUUUGCUCGCUCGCAUUCGGGUAAUCAUCGAGUUCUGUAUAGUCAAAGUAAAAUAGACCUAAUGUCACUCGGUUUAGCGUCGCAAAUUCCAUAGUUCUGAUUUUUGUUUCACAUACUUUCUGUCAAAAGCCCCAGCUAGAAUUUGUAAGCGAAUUUGAGUUCUAAUACAACGGAAAUAAGUAAAAAUUACUCCGAUGUUGAAGUUUUUCCUAUGGAGGGUAGAGGUAAGGAGAGUCAUCUGUGUAUAUGAAAAAGUGUCGUCAAAAUGUAUUAAAUUAGGAUGGCGCCACAUUUGCA